AUGACCAGCACGUCAUUCUUCAAAUGGAUGGGCUUGGGCCAGUCAGGCAAAUCGGUGGCAGAGAAUGAAAACUAUGACGAAGGCGAGCGAUACUUUGGUCUAGAGAAUGUUUAUAUGGAAUACGGCACUUACGUUUGGUUCUUUUUUCAUGCUGGUGUUUGCAGCUAUAGCAACUCGGUUAUCCAAGCCCUGUACUACUGUAAACCCUUCCGGGAAUGCAUCACCAACUAUCCUUAUCCAGCUACACUUCCAACAUUAAGUAAUGGCAACACUAGUAUCAACAGCAGCAACAGCAGUGGUGGAGGAUGUAUCACUAGCCCUGGAUCGCCUGCACCUCAUUUUAACGUUUCAUCAUCAUCGUCUUCAGCAUCUUCCUCCUCCAACAGUCGAUUCCAUUCUAGUAGUAGUGGUGGUGGUGGUGGUAUGAAUGGCCAUGCUAGUCAGCCCUCUUUACACCAUCGACCAUCCUUAACCCCACGUGGAACAUUGAGCACGAGUAGCAGCAAUAAUGUCAACAACAACAACUCAAGCUCAGCAGCAGCAGCGAGUGGCCAUGUUAUUUCUUCGUCACACCAUGAACGAGAUAGCAAUGGUGACCUCCGACUUUCUCCAGGAAUGGAAGACACAUUGUUUGCCGCUCUCAAAGAUCUCUUUUGGAAAAUAUCAACGCAUCGGAAAAAGACCGGCGUCGUUGCUCCUGUUAAUUUCAUCAACAAGGUCAAAAAGGAGAAUGAGCUUUUUCGUUCAAGCAUGCAUCAAGAUGCUCACGAGUUCCUCAACUAUUUACUCAACAGCAUUGCCGAGGAUGUCGAGACCUAUCAGAAAAAGAUGUCCGAGCAACAAAAACCUGCUAAUGGGACGAUAAAGAGCAAUGGCACCAUGGAUCAUGAUCAACAAUCGGAAUCCUCAGCCAACAGCUCUCAUCCAUCCACGUGGGUACAUCAAUUAUUCGAAGGUGUCUUUUCGAAUGAGACAAAAUGCCUCACAUGCGAAACGGUCACAAGUCGUGAUGAAUCAUUUAUGGAUUUAUCCAUUGACGUCGAGAUGAAUUCAUCUGUGACCUCUUGUCUACGGCAAUUUUCAGCGAGCGAAACCUUAUGUCACAAGAACAAGUACUUUUGUGAUGAAUGCUGUGGACUCCAAGAGGCUGAGAGACGUAUGAAGAUCAAGAAGCUACCCAAUAUUUUGGCCCUGCAUCUUAAACGUUUCAAAUACCAAGAACAACUGCAAAAGUAUAUCAAGCUCACCUACCGCGUAGUGUUUCCAUUUGAACUGCGUUUAUUUAAUACGUGCGACGAGACUGAAGAUGCCGAUCGACUCUAUGAAUUAUGGGCGUGUGUCAUUCAUAUCGGUAGUGGGCCCCAUCAUGGCCAUUACGUGACCAUUAUCAAGAGUAACGGCCAAUGGAUGCUUUUCGAUGAUGAUAUUGUCACUCCAAUACCCGAAGAAGACAUCCAAAAGUAUUUCGGUGAUAUACCAGGCAAUGGAUCGGGUUAUGUCUUAUUUUACCAAGCAGUCAACGUCAACAUGGAAUCACUCAACAUAUAUAACGGCAUCGAUUUGAAAAACUGCAACAACAAUCAUAUGCAACAUGUCAACGGCAGGCCGUCGGCAGCUUCUCCUAUAGCCAUCAACACCACCCCCAUUUCAACUACUGAGCAGCAGCAGCAGCAACAACAGCAUCCACAUUCCUCUGCCGUCUCUACUCCUACUACUACCACAUCUACACGUUUAGACUCUUCCCCAUUCUCUCGAAAACCUACUUUAUCAUCCAAUACUCCCAUUUCCUCUCCAUCAGCGCCAACUCCUGUCUCCUCCAUAAGCACCACUGUCGAGGAGAAAAAGUCCCGUUGGGGUAUUGGAAAGAUACGAGAAAAACGAUCCAACAAGAGGUGA